GAAGACGACGACGGCGACCGAACUGACAUGAGCUUCCUUGAGCGAUUCUUCCUUGGAGACGACGAGAAGACCGCGACGAAUACCGCCUAUAUGGGGAUCGAGGAAGAUUCCGCCGUUCUCUUCCCCGUCCCCAAUCUCUCCCCCGUCGCCGAUUCAAUCGUCCAUCGAUGCUCUAGGAUUCUUAUGUUGUCAAUCGAUCAGUUGCACCAAUCUUUUGAGGCUGAAGUACCCGAGCAUUGGAGGCAACCAAAGGAUUAUGCUAGGAACCUUGUGGAGUAUUGUUCUUAUAAAGCUCUUCGUAUCGAAGCUAAGCGCUUGGAUCAUCUGGAUGAUAAGGAGUUUUCACUUUUAACAUUUGAUAUGAUGCUUGCCUGGGAAGCACCUGAUACAGAUACUGAAUCUUUACUAAAAGAAAAAGUUUGCUCAAGUAAUCCAGAAUCUGAGGAUGAUGAUGAUGAUGAGGGGUCAUUGUUUUAUGAAAGUGCAACGAGAACGGCCAGUCAGAUUGAUGGAAAGAAGACUGUUGGACUGGAGGCUUUUGCCCGGAUAGCUCCUGCUUGUGCUGCUGUAGCUGAUCCAAUCACUGUUCACAAUCUCUUUGAUGCACUUACUAGCUGUUCAGGCGGUCGACUCCAUUAUCUUAUAUAUGACAAGUACCUCAAAAGCUUAUACAAAUUGCUUCAAUCAAUGAAGAAUGUAUCAGGAAAAUCUAACAAUUACAAGUUUAACCUAACUGAUGGGGAAAUUAUAUUAGACUCUGACACUAAAUCUGUUAUGCAACAUAAUGGGACAUCAACAAAACCUGGAAGGCUGACACUCACUAGCCAUGCUCUAUAUUUUGAAGCAUCAGGGAUUGCUUCAUAUGACAAAGCGGUCAAAUAUGACUUGUCCAAGGACUUGAGGCAGGUUGUUAAGCGUGAGUUAACUGGGCCAUGGGGCGCUCGUCUUUUUGAUAAGGCCGUCAUGUACAAGUCAGAUUCUGUUGCAGAGCCCAUUUUCUUAGAAUUUUCCCAAUUCAGUGGUCAUUCACACAGGGAUUACUGGUUUUCAAUCAUUCAGGAAGUUCUUAAUGCACAUAAAUUUAUAAGGAAGUACAAAUUGAAAAGGUUUCAAAAGGAAGAAGCUCUUUCUAAGGCAAUUUUAGGCAUUUUCAGAUAUCGUGCUGUGAAAAAUCCUUUUCAUAGCACACCCUCACAUUUUAAGAGUAUACUUGCUUUUAACUUAGCUGAAAAACUUCCAAAAGGAGACAAAAUCUUGGAAGCUUUAUAUAGCCACUUGGAGCUGAUGCAGAUGGAAUUUCAGAAUCAUGCUGGCCUUCUGGCUAUAUCAGAGGAGAUGCCCUUAGUUGGUCCACUACCAGAUUCACUAUAUGCACUUACAAGAAUGGGCUUUUUGCUACUGAGGAAGGAAGAUAAUCCAGCGAAUGAUAUUUUGGUUGGUAAUGUUCAUGUUGGUAAGACAUGUCCACUACAAACUGCUGUCAGAGAAUCAUUUUGCUAUUCCAACAGCGUUGAGGCAGCACGCGCAACAUUUUAUCAGGUCAAAGUAGAGGACAUAAAUACAAACUUAGCUGUGAUUAAGGAUUUACUUUUUCCUUUAUCGGAGAUGGGCAAACUUCUCCAGUUUUUAGCUUCAUGGGAGGAUCCCUUUAAAUCAAGAGUGUUUCUAUUUUCUAUCUUAUUUCUUCUUUACAGGGGUUGGAUCUGGUACACCAUGCCAUGCAUUUUCUUUUCUCUUGCUCUUUGCAUGUUCUGGCAUAAACAUCAUAAUAUCGGAAAACCCGCCGAAGUGUUCAGAGUUUCACCUCCACCAAGUAGGAGUGCAGUCGAGUUAUUAUCAAUGUUACAAGAUGGAGUAUCUCAGCUUCAAACAAACGUCCAAACAGGAACUAUCGCUCUUCUCAAGCUAAGAGCUCUCCUUUUAGCAUUUCCUCAGACGACCCCCCAUGUUGCUGCUUCCUUGGUCAUUGUGGCAGUAGCUUUCUCCAUGGCGCCUUUUAGAUACCUUCUAGCUCUAGUGCUUCUUGAGGUUUACACAAGAAGAAUGCCACUGAGGAAACCGAGCAGUGAGAAGUUGGAAAGGAGGGUCAAGGAAUGGUGGAGUCGCAUUCCUGCUGCUCCAAUUCAGAUUGCCAAUCCUGAAUACAACAACUCAAGAUGA